UGUGUGAGUGCAUAUAUGGCGUUGAUUCCUCAUUGAUUCUGCUGUGGUGGGUUGCCGUUGGCAUCUGCGCCCGCGCACGCGUGUUGCUCAGUGCGUUCGCGGGGGCUUUGUGCGAGGAGAAGGAAAAAGAUAGAGAUAAGGACAGGGAAAAAGAGAAUAAUAAGGAUAAAGAUGACGGCAAGAAGAAAAAGGAGCCAGUGAAAGAGAAAGAAACAGCAAAGGAGAAAGAGAAAGAAAGGCCGAAGGAGAAGGAGAGAGAAAAGGACAAGGAGCCCGAGAAGCCCGCAAAGAAGGCGCCAGCCAAGGAGAAGGAGGAGAAGGCGCCGGCCAAGGAAAAGAAGGCUCCGGAGAAGGAGAAGCCCAAGCCCAAGGAGAAGGAGGACGGCAAGGCGGAGAAGGUGGUGAAGAAGGCCCCCGAGAAGGAGGGCAAGGCCGCCAAGGCGCCCGCGGACGCGGCCAAGGCCAAGAAAGCCAGGAGACCGCCGCGGCCCCUCGGCGGCCGGCACCCG